AUGAAUUCAUCAUGAGUGCAUAAUAUUUUUAUUUAUUUAUAUUUAAAAUCCUGAAACAGCCAACAUUUGGAAAAGAUGUAUUGAAACUCAGAGGUGAUUGGUUGCUUACGCUCUACGAACUCUAGACUAACCUAAAUACACAUUUUAGGCACGGCUGCAGGUACAUUCGAAAUAUCCCACUAAAUGGCAUACACGUUGAAAUUAGUUUCUUCUGUCACCCAUCGAUCUACUGAGUGUGUCGUUGGCAGUAACAGUUGUUGUUAAGACAGACGUCGAUCUUGCUACGGUCUGCGUGGUCACACACUCACACAUCAUUAACCUGGCAUGGUUCUUUGUGGUCACCUGUUUACAGUUGGUGUGUACAUUUAUUUUAAAGUUUUUCUGGCAGGGGAUGGUUAGGUAAGUUAUUUUGUUGGGUUUUUUUUUUCCAAUCUAUUUUUAGAUUGAUAUAAACAGAAUAUGACCUGUCGUGACACUGUGUGUUAUAUUUUGUGAUUCUGGCUUUAUGAAUUUGUUUUUAGUAUGCGCCGUUUUUAAAAGAAAAUAAUAUAAGUAGCUAUCAUAUUAGAUUGCUUUUAAAAAAAAUUGUGGUUUCCAGUGGGCAAGGAUAUGGAUUUAGAGGAUGAGACCCCUUGGGCACAAAACUCAUCGCUAUCGGAUCAUACUGAAGCCCCGUCCAGCUUUACAAUAACAAUGACUAGACGGAUUUAAAGGUGAAAAGUUUAAUCUUAUGAGAUAUUUAAAGAGCAUGCUUGGCCCUUUUCAAACAACACCACAACACGAAACUACAAUAGGUCCAGCUCACCCUUGCCCUUUGCGUACGAAACUGGAUCUGGCACUUGACACCAGCCACAAACCAAUAAUAUGACCUAGUUUCAUAACGGAAUUAUUUCGUUGCGUAUCUUGAUUUUUUUAUUUCUUUUCGUAUUGUUUGAUUGUCCUACUGUACGUAAGUAUAUUCUGUACCAUGCUAUCUUAUACACGCCAUCAGUUCAAGAAUUAAAAAUCGAAAUUAUAACGAGCUUCUCAUAGUCAAAUGUACACCUAAAAAAGUCUUACCAUCAAAUACAUUCUUUCAUAAUAUCUUUCUUUAUCUUUAUGAAUCAAAAUCGUCUUCCCCCCCCCCCCCCCNUCAUUUACAUACUGCAUGCUAGUGUGUAGAAGGAUAUGCCUACUUCUGCACAUAGGCACAUUCCGGCGAUAGAGUCAUGUAUUUUCAUAGCGUUGGAAGGGCGUGUGGGGGAGGAAGUCCGUCCUGGGGUGUGAGGGAGGGGGUGAGUUUUAAAAAAGCCAGGGGCAGUAUUAGCGGCCAACGGCAUGGGAUUUAUUUAAUAAAAAAAAAAAAAAAGGUGGUGGUGGCAAAAAUUUUGGUUCCCCCUGGUUGGCAUUAACCCUACGUUCACCACUGUUUAUCUUAGAUGAUGUAUGUGGGGGGGGGGCAGAUUUAACCAGAUCACUGAGAUGAUUACAUUUAAAUUGGUGUGAUGCGCAUAGAUUUCCGUCUGGAACAGCAUUUAUUCUUCCUUGUUUUAAGAAAACCUUAUUCUCUGCUCAUAAAAAUCUUCUUUAAAAAAAAAUAAAAUACAACCUCAUUAUCCUCAAAGCCAUGAAUUCCAAAAUUUUCCAAUGAAGCAUUUCAACCACCACGGAUGGUUCUCUGUCAAAAAGUGCGUUGUCAUCCGUGUGGAUCAAUACAAGGUAUACAACGAGCUCUAAUGGACAUGUUGACAUGCUUGGUAAAUCUUACCACCGUGCUAGUGUGCUGUAAGCUUACACACAAGGUGCUCAACAAACUCUAAUGGACGUGCUUGGUAAAUCUUACCACCGUGCUAGUGUGCUGAAUUCAUACACAACGAUGUCUCUGAACGAAAAGCGACACGGUCAUUUCGACAUAUCGUUAAAAUUAACUGUCACGUUUUGAGAAAAAAAACAACAUAUUUUUACAAAUAAAAUAACCUUUUCGCCCCACAAUGUAAUUAUAUUAAGGUACCUAGGUAGAAUAUUAUCCAGGUUAAAAAGAAAAAAAAAACAACAAAAAAACCCACCUGAUUUCAUCUUGGCUUGGAACCAAAGUUUUGCCAGGGGUCAAGGGAGGGCGCCGUUAGCGACCAAGACAAUGAAAAUUCGAUUGCAAACACGUGCUAAUUUUUCAAAGCCAAAAUCGCAGUGGUGGAUCAACUAGGAGACCAAACGAAACCAUAUUUUUGGGGUAACAAAUCCUGAGGGGUGGCUUAAAAUAAAGUCAUUGAACAAUAAUUUAAAUAUUAAAGAGAUUUAUUAUUUAUUGAAAUUAUAUUACCGGUACAAAUAAACUGUACUUACAAUAAUGAUUAUAUGCAUAAAGUAACAAUGCCAGCAUUUAAAGAUACUCUUUUUAAAGUUUAAUUUUCCAUAAUAGUUGCUUCUCAUGUGUCCUAACUUCUGUAAGUUGUAUUUCUCUUUUUUUUUUUUUUUUUUUUUUUUUUUUUUUUUUUUUUUUUUUUUUUUUUUUUUUUUUUUUUUUUUUUUUUUUUUUUUUUUUUUUUUUAUUUGUUUAUGAUUUUUUUUUUUUUUUUUUUUUUUUUUUUUUUUUUUUUUUUUUUUUUUUUUUUUUUUUUUUUUUUUUUUUUUUUUUUAAAUUUUUUAUUUUUUACCUAUUAAUACAUUUUACCUCAAUUUUUUUUUCGCCGAGAAGUGCUAAAGCAUUUUUUAAUGCCUAUUUUCAAAAUAUAGCCUAUAUUAUUGGAGCUGCCACAUUGGCCUGCAUCGAGCUUGUUAUUUCUCGUCACCCCAAGUCAUCAAAAGAAAAUAGCUCUGAAGUACCGUCCUUUGAUUCACUACUAGGCCUACUGACCGUCCUAAUUCACAACUUAUUUUGUCCUACUUUGCUCCUUUUUUAUAAGAAUUAUACCAAUAUUUCUUUUAAAACUGGGUCAGAAUAUGUAGGCUAAAUGCACUAUAUAAUAAAUAAGCCACAUUAAGACGAAUUAAGUAUCUCAUUAUAUUAGUUGUGUUUGAUGGUAAACAAAAAAUAUGCUUUGCGUCUUUUAAUACCUUCAUUUUCGUUACACUUGGACGAAUAUACCUCCCACUUAACAAAAAAGAAACAAACAAAAAAAAAAAAAAAAAAAAAAAAAAAAAAAAAAAAAAAAAAAAAAAAAAAAAAAAAAAAAAAAGAAGAGAAAGGAAAAGAAAAAAAGUGCCGCCAGAAGCGGCCGCUCCCCCGCCCCUUCCGACGCCACUGCUUGGAAGGCAUGUUGUUGUUUUUUAAAGUCCCGUAUUUUGUGUUUCUUCCCGCUUACAAAGUUAACAUUCUUACCCUGGUGAAAACAAAACACUUCACAUCAAACCCCUCAACCCCCUUACAAAAAAAAAAAAAAUAUUGUUUCACUGGGUUGGCGAUUUCCAUCAAUUUCCAAAUAUUCCUUUGGAUGGGACUUAGCCUUAGAUUGUUUAGUAGGAACACAGGCAAACACAAGCCAUACAAAAGAUAUAUAAAUAAGGAUAUGAAAGUAUUUAAAGUUCUUGUGAUAUAUCCUGGUCGCCCACUACUUGCGUACACGUUUAUAAUUAGCAUCUCAAACAAGGAUACUCAUUUUGAAAAUAAUAGCAACAAUGGUCUAGUUUUUAUUUUUGACACAAACCAGUGAUAACCAAAAUUAUGGACGCUUUUUUUUUGCGUUGACAGCACUUUUUCGAUGUUUAUUUCAUGACAUAGCUUCCCAUUCAGAAUGUAGGCCUGGUACUUCUGGCGCUUUAAUUACAUGCGGGAUCAUUAGAAAAAAUACCACUCUUUUAAUUAUUUAAUACCACGAAUCACAAAAAAAAAAGCCAUAGAACUGGAGAUUUCUAAUGAAACCCUGGCAAAUGCACAUCUUGGUUUAUUAUCAUUCUUAGAGUGUUUACAUUAGUCAAAUUAACGUUGUCAAGGUGUCAUGGAAUUGAAUGUGCUCGUAUAUUCAGAGACAACACAUGUUGUGUGGGACUUUGGCCUCCUUUUUUUGUAAGAGGUAGAUUUCCACCCAUCAUCAUGAUUCGCCUGAUUUAAUAGAAUCAAGAAUAUCCAGAUUUUAGAUGAUGAAGCAUUUUUUUCAGACUUUGUACAAAGGUACCUUUCAAUAUUCUACAUACAUCCUUGGACGAUUGAUAAGCUCAUAAGCAUAGGUUUCUGUUAGAGCCAGAGAUAGACUCACCGUCAAAAGGCGCUACCCACUGGUCCAAUCACCACAAACAAACCAACAUUGCGUCCAAAUGUUAAUUCGAUGACAAGUGUUUUUUUUUUUUUUUUAAAUUUAAAUGGGAUAAGUAAAUUAACUUAACCGGUACAUAAUAUAUUUUAAUUUUACUAGACCAAAAUAUUUCUUUUUUGUUAUUUAAAAAAAAAGGCUGCUACCCACUUGUCCAAUCACCACAAACAUACCAACAUUGCGUCCAAAUGUUAAUUCGAUGACAAGUGUUUUUUUUUUUUUUAAAUUUAAAUGGGAUAAGUAAAUUAACUUAACCGGUACAUAAUAUAUUUUAAGUUUACUAGACCAAAAUAUUUCGUGUUUGGUAUUUAAAAAAACAGGCCAAGCUCUUUUGUGCUAGAUUAAAUGCUUAGUGAUAAACAAACAAACUUAUAUACAAACUAGACCACGCCUAAUAACGCUCUUAAAAAGGACUAAGGUACUAGUUGACCUUGACAAGCCUUGAUACGACGAUUCAAACAAACCUGACUUAAUAAAGAGAAUAAUGUUCCAUGUAGGACUACUUUUGUACAAAAUAAAUUUUUAAUGAUAUUUAUCAGUAGCUCUCAUAGUGAGAAAAAUCUGGACAUUUCUGCUCUUUCUUUUUCUCUAGUUGUCUUAGUUGUCUUAGCCACUGUGAUUAAAUCCGAUGGGUAGCCACUGUGAUUAAAUCCGAUGUUGGACAAGAGUAAGAGCAGAAAGAUCGUGAGGAACAUCUGUUUUGUCCAUGGGUCGACGACAAAAAUUCUAACCCCGGUUACUAGGUCAUUACUCAACCAUGUGAUAUUUUACUGCGGCUGUGAAUUAUCAUUAGCACAAUCAAAUUCACGAUUGUUGUUAUUUACAUUAUAACUCAUUGUUAAUUCGAUGAAAACGUAAUCCAUUGUGUCGUUACACACACAACACUCUCUCCCAGCAGCAAGCCCUUUAUAGUUUAUAGCCUGACUACAUGGACAGAUUCCCCCAGGUAAAAUAAGCCCUGCCAUAUGUAAGAUUGAUGCAGUUGUUCCUGUCAUUAGACUUGACAUCAUAGCCCCGACCUUGACACCAUAGUCCUGGCCAUGUGAUUCCACUCUCACGGAUAAGCUUGUUAUAUUUGACAUGCAGGUAAUAUGACCGGCAAUGGUAGUGGUUUUUUUUUUUUAAAGUUGUGUUUGGGGUAGGGGGUGAAACUGUUGAAUCUCUCAGAGCAAAAAAUUUGGGACGUUUGCUAAGGCCAUACAUUUUUUGAAUAUAGGCUGAGCCAUCACGUGACUUUUGGAGGCCUCAUGUCAUUUUUCGAUUUUUAUUUUUAAAAAUUAUUUUUUGUUUGUUGUAGCCCUAUUCUUUAAAGUUGAUAUUUAAUUAUUUUUUUCCACAUCACAACUUUGGGCCCCUUACAUAUCCUAGGCCCCUCUGCAGUCGCAGGGGUUGCAGGGCUCACACUACGACUCUGAAUAUAAUCCUAGUAAAGAUUUCAUCCCUCUCUCGUUACCUUCUAUAACGUCAUUUAUAUCUCAAUCCUUUCGUCUAAAUUAAGUUUUUACUUUUAAUUCUAAAUGUCAUUUGGGGGCAGAUGGUCGGGAACUAUAGAAGAGCUUAUCCUUGUUCCAGAUUCUUAUACUAAUGUAUCCAGAAAAGUAGAAAUGAUGAUCGUCUGAACCCCACUUUGAGGUUUGAAUGAAUUUCUAUAGGCCAACACAUGUCGAACUAUGAUAGGCUAUAUAUAUAUAUUUUCCCAAAUUGACGACAGCUAAAAAAAAAAAAUAAUAACUAACUAAAUAGAAGCAAUCAGACCAACAAACAUGAGAACCUUUGCAACAACAAUACGCUGAAAUAGUUUACUUCCUUUUGUAAUACAUGCUGCACUUUUCCUGUAACGCUAAUUGGUACACAUCGCUGUAUACAGUCUGAGUUGUGUUUAAAAUCCUGGUGUGUGUUUAUGGUUCUCUGUCUAGACGGACUUCGCCUCUCAUGUAUAUUUAUUCAUGCUUAAAUGAACUAAACGUAAGUUAACCAAACAAAUCCCUAAACACGUUGACACCUUUGCAAUUGUGUGUAUUUAGGAGUGGAUUUUUAAAAAAUAAUUAUUACGUUGACGACAUAGAUCAACAUACGUCAUACGUUGCCGAAUAUUGACUAAUGAUAUCGAACAAGAAUCGGGUUAUCUGUUUUUCUGAAAACGAUAACCGAUUAUUCAUUUUCAGAACUUUUUCCCCCCAGGAUAUUAUGAAAAUUGUGAAUAUAAAAAAAGAAAAAUCCAGCUUUUUAAAUAUAAAUAAAGUAAUAAACCAAUAGUAGUAUAUUUAUUUUUAUUUAUUAAAGAAAAUACUUUAUUUUGUAUUGAAGAUGCUGUUUAAUAUAUAAAAUUCGCUGACAACAGCUCCCCACUCCCGAAAAAAAUUAUGUCAAGUAUAAUAUUUAUUUCUUAACACACGCAAAAAAAAAAAAAAAAAAAAAAAUAAAUAUAAAUAAAUUAAUAAACCAAUAGUAGUAUAUUUAUUUUUAUUUAUUAAAGAAAAUACUUUAUUUUGUAUUGAAGAUGCUGUUUAAUAUAUAAAAUUCGCUGACAACAGCUCCCCCCUCCCGAAAAAAAUUAUGUCAAGUAUAAUAUUUAUUUCUUAACACACGCAAAAAAAAAAAAAAAAAGUACAGCAUCGCGUUUCCAUGCACAUGCGUUCCUGCAUGACUUGAUGAGUACUGAUUGCAAAACUAAAAGCCUAACCGGUUUAAAUCCGGAUUUCCAAAAGCGAUAACCACGUUGCCGAAAAAAAAAAGGAUAAUAACAUCAUCACGAAUCAAGACACGUCAUAUUUAUUUGGUGUAUCCAGGAAGAUUUAUUAUAUUUAUAUUUAUUAGAAUACCAUUAGAAUAACAAAUCACGCCAGAAGCAGGGGUGCGCUAAGACACAUAAUAAUAUGGAGUGAAACGACCACCCUGCCAAUGUCUACUGUUACUAAAGACAGUACAGAGCCGUCUCGCAUUCAUGAGCCAACGACGAUAAACAAUUAUAAUUAGGACAAAAAUCCGAGGAUUUUUAUAGACAGACUGCAACAAGCAAGUGAACAACUCAUUUCUUAUAAUGUGAGAGCAUUAAAAUUGUCGAUCAAAUUUUAUGGUAGGUUUGCAUUAAGCAGGGAAUCUUUAAGGGAGAUUGUAAUGAGUUUUAAAAUUCCAAGCGUCUACAUGUCCGGUGACCAGACGAAUAAGUUCUCGAGAUAUUCGUUCGGCGAUGAUCAUUAGUCCUUUAUUUCUUUGUAAAAAUUGUGUUAAUAAGUGGACAAAUAGUGCGGAAGAUAUUCAUUCGGCGGGCAUGUCGCUGUCACUCUUUUUAUUAAAAAUUGUCACUUUUUAACCAUUUGUUUAUUAUUUAUGUGAAUACAUGAAAUUAAAUUGAAGUUAAUAGUAAGUUUGAAACACUUAAGUCAAGUAAUAAGUAAAGAUACAAAUAAUACUGUAAAAGUAUGUUUACAGUCAAUAAAUGACUAUCAUGUAAUUGAAUACCAGGUAUAAAACAAACAAAAACAAAUUAUAAAUAAGAUGUGUAAUAUGCUGUAAUAUAUAUUUUGAACGAACAAAAGUUCAAACAAUUGUAGGAUAAUUAUUUAAACUUCAACUCUAAUAUUAAUACUAUUAAACAUACAUAAUUUAUAAAGAAAUUAAGGGAAAAUGGUCAAUGCCGGACGAAUAUCUCGAGAACUUAUUAGUCCGGUCACCUUAAGUUUACUGGACCUUGUGACUGAUAACAAUUACAGUAUUUCCUAACGUUUAGUUUUGCUUUAAUAAGUAAUUAUGCAAAAAUGAUGGUUCAAAACAUUUUUAAUUUAACGGUGUAUGCACAAACAUUAAUUUUAAAAGGAGGCGCUCAGUAGUCAAUAGUAAGAAAAUGAAUUCAUCUGUGACCAUGACCCAAUGACAAUGACCAAUGCCAUCAUUAAUCAUGGCCAUAGUCAUACGUCUAUCUAUACUAUACGACUGUACCAUUAGCAUAAUUUGAGUUUAUUUAAGUUAGAGUUAGGAUGGUGGUGAGCUCGAUGCCUACGGUCAACCCAUGGAGUGAAUCCGAUAUUGCUAUAAAAAUUCAAAUUGCCACAGUCUAUAACUGUGCUUUGUAAUCAUGUAGAAUGUAGUAGUUGCGUAGUGAAGUGUAAUUUAUUGUCAUGUCAUGGUGACGAUGACUAUACAGUAUACAUAGGAAAGUAACACUUAACAGCCGAAUGUGGCGAAAAAAAGUUGCACAUAUGCUUGAUUUGUUUUUUAAUAUGAGACUGAAUAGGUGUUAUUACACGUUUCUUAAUUUUUCAGAUCUAGAUCUAACUGGGCCACUACCAAAUAACUUUCGAAUCGAUGUUCAAAAAGUAUAACGAGUUAGUUGAAGCCAAAAGAGGUCAAGUUCAUCUAGGUUUACAACUCGGGAGACGCCCACCUUACGAACAGGUUUCAUAUCCGGGUCAGACUAUUUCUCAAACAGAAAUGGCAUCAUCAGAUCUGUACAUGAAAAAUGUCUCAGUGGAAGAGGUUCUAGCUAAAAUUCGAGAUGAAGUGGAACACGAAGGCCAUGGAGCUUCUCAUGUUUUUGUUAUCUUAGGAGCAUCAGUAAGUUUAUAAUAUUAUAAAGCAUUUUAUUUAAGCUACAUUAGCCUUAUUUACCACUUAUGCUAACAAAGUUCAAAUUGUCAUCGUCAUGGUCAUUAUGUCACUAUUCACUAUGUCAUUAUGGUCCCAUUCAUUUGCUUGCAGUGGCGAGUGGUCUGAUUGGAUGAUUUUUUUUUUUUAAAUUAUAAUUGGUGGUCAUAAAAAAAAAAUAAAAAAAUGCGUAGGCCUAACUUUGCCUUAGGCUUAUAGUUAAACUUAACUUCAAGCUUUAACUUUUAAAAUAAGGCAAGACUAAGAGUAAGACUAACUAAGCUGAAGUAAAGCCACAGUGACAAGUGACAAGGAAUAGGCCUAAAAUGACAAUGAUUGAAUAUGAAGGGCCUAGGGUCAUCUACACAGGUGGGGGGACAGGGGGGGGGGUGCAGCCUUUGGUUAGUCAUUGCUUCCAAUCUGAAUUAGGGGGGGGGAUAUAUAACACCCCCCCCCCCAUCUCCCUUUUGAAUGUUUCUAGGCAACAAACUUAUAUGUGAAAUAAGACAAUUAUAAUUAAAAAAUGGGGGGGGGAGGGGGGGGGGGGUGGGGACUUUGGUUGGUCAUUUCCUCCAAUCGUAAUUAGGGGGGGGGAUAUAUAACACCCCCCCCCCCAUCUCCCUUUUGAAUAUUUCUAGGCAACAACAUUAUAUGUGAAAUAAGACAAUUAUAAUUAAAAAAUUAACUAAAUAUUUUUGUUUGGGGGGAGUAUUGAAAUAGUUGUCACUUAGGCGGGGAAUUGAACUCCAACCUUCUAACGCAAGACGAAGUAUGGAAUGAUAUGUGUCUUGACCUCACAGUUCACAGUCUUAUUUUAAGACUUAUACCUAUAUUAAAAAAUAAAAAUUAUAGGCGUAAUAUUAUUUAACGUAGCAUUAUAUGGUUUUACAAAUUUAAUAUUUUUUAAAAUUUGGCUCAUUAGAUGAAAAAUAUGUAACUAAGGAUCGUAAAACCAGCAUACAAAUGAAAACAAUACCAAAGCUAAUGAUAUUAAAAAUUACAAUUUAAUUAUACUAUUAGUUGAUAUUAAAUUACAAAAUCAAAUAUACAAAAAAAAUAUAAGCUAUUUAAACUUACAACACAGCAAGUGAAAAGUAUAAUAUAAUACUAGAAAGGUACAGAUAUUAAUCUACACACACACUUUGUGAAAAGUCUUGUUAGGGCUCGUGUAAGCCUGCCAGUCACAUUUUACCAUACUAUUUAUUGUGAAGGAGUCAGAAACCCCCAUAACAGAAAAUCUAGAAAUUCAAUCAUCAGAGAGCAUUUUCUACCUCUUUCUACUUACUUAUGCCUUUUUAUCUGCCUGGAGCAUAGACCUACAAGAGUUUUCCAUUCCAGUUACUUCAAGGUGUAUUCCAUACUUUUUGUGUCUGCCUCUAGCUUGCAUGUUCAUGAAUUCUUUGGCCUUCCUCUCUUCCUUUUUCCCUGCGGAUUGUUAGGGAUUGUCUGGUGAUGUUAUGUGGGGAGUUUUCCAAGAAUGUGCCCUAUCCACCUCUAUCUUUUCCUAAUAAUGUUUCCAGCAAUAGGAUCUUGGUGUGUCCUUUCCAGUGAGUCUUUGUUGGUGAUGAUGUUUGACCAUUUGACGUUCAGGCAAGUGUUUGUGAAGGUCUGUACUUUAUGCAUGAUGCACACAGUUUCGGCCCCAUAGAGUAAGACUGUUUUGACAUUUGUGUUGAAAAUUCUGAUGUCAUGCAGAGUCAGCUCCUAUUACUGCCCUAUUUUCUUUAAUAGCACAAAUGCUGUCCUAACCUUUCCAAUUCUAGCCCUCUCAUCAGCUUCAGGUCCAAUGGUGCUUCCCAAUUAAGGGAAGACCUCCACUACUUCCAGUGCAUUUCCUGCCAAAGAGAUACGCUCUUGGUUAGCUGAAUUUACCUUCAUGAUUUUCUCUUGCUUUUCUUUAUACUGAGUCCGAACUGUGCUGAAAUGGUGGCUACAUUUUUUUUUCUCUGCAUUUGUUGCUGGCUGUGGCACAGAAGUGCCAUGUCAUCUGUUCCCAGGGUGUCCAUUGGAUCUCGUUCCUCUUUUUGUCUGUGGAAAUUAUUCAUUAUCCAGUCAAUAACAAGGAUAAAUAGGUAUAGGACCAAAGACAUCCUUGUCUGAUUUCUGUUUCCACUUAAAUGGGAUCUCUGAGUCUACCUUCUUGUACCGCCCUGCAUGUCAUUUCUUCAUAAGAACUCUGAAUGAUCUUGACUAGUUUUCCUGGUACCCCAUAGUGCCCGAGAAGUUUCCACAGGGCUUGUCAGUCCAGACUAUCAAAGGUCGUUUGUAUUCAAUAAAAUUUAGGUAUGGGGGAGUUCCAUUCAAUAGACUGUUUUACAAUGAUGCAUAGUGUUGCAAUUUUGUCUGUGCUUGAUCUGUUUUGGAAGAAAGCCUGAUGAUCUUGUAGCUAUGUAUCGACCUGGUCCUUCAUUCUUUCUGUUCAAAAUAAUUCUGUUAAAGAUCUUUCCUGUUACCUCUAUGUAAACCUUCUGCAAAUUGUAAACAAACUAUCUCAAUCAGGGGUAGGGGAGGGCGCCUCCAGCAUGUAUCACCAAGUUAAUUGGUGAUGUUCAAGGAUGCAUCUUACAGCUCAACACCAUGCAGGGUGAACAAAAACUUGGUCAACACACAGGCUAUAACACACUCAAAUUCAUUUUUUGAAUAAUCACAGAAUUUGAUAAUUUAAUUUGCUGAAAAAAUGUGAAAUAGUAUAAUAUCAAUAUUAUAUAUUUUUGAAUAGACAACAAUAUUCUAAAAAAUUCAACUGAAAAUUUUUUUUCAUUAAGUUUAUUCAUUGAGAAAUCCCGAAUUAAAUACCAAUACUAUGACCUAGGACUGGCAUGAACCACACUGGCCACAGUACAAAAUUUAUAAAGUCCAAGGUCUAGGUUGGGUGGCUUCCACCACUCAGAGAGUGCGGAGUGGGGCAAUGGGCACCCCUGGGCCUUGUCACCACUUAGUUAGCCUACUUAAACACAGUAGUACAGGUAGUAGUAGUUAAUAAUAAUUUAUAAGUUGUUGGUCCAGUAGUAGCCUAUUUUGAGAAUUUUUAAGUUAGACUAAAGUUGACUUGAGUUGGAGCAAGUGCAAGGUUUUUCCAGUUUCUAUAUUUGUGUAAUUUUAAUAUGUUCUGCACCCCUAACCUGCCUACGACUACGAUCCACCAUGAAUUUUUUGACAAAGUCUCCCACCCAUUACAAAGAGACCUGUAGAAAUUAUGACAUUAACUUGUGAUUCGGUAACUGAUAAUACAUAAAUAAAGUAAAUUUUUAAAAAAUGUUUGGGCCAAUCAAAAUGAAGAAAUAUUUGUAAAAAAAUAUCUAUCACAACUUAAUCUGUAACAACUUCUCUUGUCUUAAAAUCACAUUUCCUCACACCCUUUGAAAUACCACUUGUGGCCAUCCUGAUUGGGGAAACCCUGAACUAGAGCCUAGUUAAUUAAGUAAAUCUGUUAUAGUUAACAAAUUGUAAGACUUGUAUGAUUGCAUUUCUUAGCAAUGAUAAGGUUAAAACAGGAGGAAAUGCUCCAGACAUUACUAAUCUGUGAUUACUUUGAAAAUUUCAUACAUUUUAUGUACCGGAUGUUCUUUAUUAGGAUUUUAUGAAAGCUGCUUACAAUAUUUCUCAGACUCUGUAAUUAAAUGUAAUGCUUCAGUUUAAUUUUAACAUGUGAAAAACAAUGUAAAAUGUUUGUUUUUUUAGACUUUAUCCUCAAAUCCCACUCUGGAUUUAACCAAAUUGUUUGACUUUUCAAACUCUCCAACCACAUAUGUACAUAAGCUCUACGGCCAGGCAUUAAUCGAAUAUGCCAUGUUUAAAAAUGAGGGUAUUAGGACAAAAGUUCAAAACAAUAGUUAUUAUGAGUUCAUGUUUGUUAUCUGUUGCAUACUUCUACAACAAACUAUAUUUAACAACUUCCAUGCUUAUUUGGUGACAUGAAUACACUUAUUCUUUCAGGGAGAUUUAGCAAAGAAAAAAAUUUACCCUACUUUGUGGUAAGUUUGCUCAUUUAUUCUUUUUGCUACAGUUUGUCCAGUUAUUCAGAUUCAGAUGUCAAAUGUAAAUGUCUUAAGAGUUCCAAAUAUUCUUCAUGGAAUUUUUUUUUUCCCUAAUUAUGAUGAUUCAUCUAAUUUUUCCAGUUUUUUUUCAAUUACAUACACUCUGUAAUUCUAUUAAGCAUUACAUUCUUGGCUUUUAUUUAUUUUUAAAAUUGAUUAGUCAUAAGUUGUUUGUACAACAUUUUUGUGUGUCUCAUUUUAUUAAUGCAAAAGCAUCAUAUAUAUAAUAUAAAAAAUUAUUGACUUAAAGUUCUGAAGUGAAACUUGAGCUAUGUACUUUAAAUUCAGAGGCUUUUAAUAUUUCUAAAUAGCUAAUGCUUUUAUGGGAGUAUAUGAGUAAUUAUUUUGAAUUGAUUGGGAAGUCUGGGACGUCUACAAUGUGCUAUAAAGCAUCAUCACUGAUUGUGCUAUAUUUAAAAAAUAAUUUAAACAGCUGCAUAUUGUGGAGUGUUCAGACCUGGGCGCGACAGGGGUGGGGGGAAUCCCACAGCAGGGUAACCGACCAACUGACCAAAGGUUCUAGCGUAUCAAAUCCCACAGUAUGGAGACUGACCAAGGGUUGUUGAGUAGCAGAUAGCACCGUGACGAUGCUAUUAUGAACGCUUAGACAGGACUAAUGGGAGAACUCAGCCACACAGGGAAGCGGAAAGUCAGGGAGAGCUCUAACUGAUAGGAGUAGAGGACAGAAUAAAAGAGCAAAGACUAUAACCAUCCAAGUGUUAUUACCUGAUUGUUGCCGAGAGUCAGACUGAACGAGGUUAUCAUCCAGAUAAAGUAGUUAGAGAACAGAGACGACUCAGGUUCUCUACAAUGGUGGCAGCGGUGGGAUGGUAACGCCACAGUAGUCAGAGAACAGAGACGACUCAUUUUCUUUACAAUAUUGGUUAAACUUAUGCUUACCAAAUAACCAAAAGAAUGACAUUGUUGGCUUGAUAGAAUGCACACCCACUGACAAUGCUGACAGCCUGUGGAUCUGGUUUGUACAUGUGACAUAAAUUAUAUAUAUAUUUGUGGUAUUGCCCCAUCUUUAUGGUUGAAUAUUUUUGACCACAAGAGCAAUAUGUAUCAAGAUUUUGUAAUUAUGAGCCAUGGAAGGGCUUUCAGAGUCUUGUAUUUUAGUGACUGUACUUAGGAUAAUUAUGUUUGUCAUGAUCUUACAUUUGUCUCUGCUUUUUUUUAUCAAGGUGGUUAUUCAGAGAUGGACUUCUACCACCAAAGACUUAUUUUAUUGGGUAUGCAAGAACCAAGCUAACCAUUGAAGAUGUGCAAAAGAAUUGCUUGCCAUAUAUGAAGGUAGUUUAAUACAUCAAUACGUGUCUUCCAUUGGUAAAAAAAAUAUUAAUUUAAAGGGCAAUGGGGGGGGGGGGGGGCAAAAACAAAUUGUGCAAACUUAAAAUAUCGACCAGGGAAAAUGUAUUUUUAAAGUUCUUUGCAAUGUCUUGUUUGAUUAUCAUUUUUAGCAUCGAUCAUACCUUUCUUGAUUGACCCAAACAUAGUUCUCAUUGUUUCUAAUAUUGUUAUUUCUUUAUUUUCGCCUUGAGGCUAAAGAAGAUGAAGCUGGAAAGCUGAAAGAAUUCUUCAAACUGAAUGAUUACGUCGCUGGUAGCUAUGACCAGACACAAGACUUUGUAAAACUGAAUAAAGCGAUUGAAGCCAAAGGCAGCUCAAACAGAUUGUUUUACAUGGCUUUGCCUCCUUCAGUAUUUGAACCUGUGACUCUCAAUAUAAAAGCAGUUUGCAUGUCAAAAGGGUGAGCUAUUGUAAAAACAAUAAUUAAGAAUUUAAAAAAAAAUGCUAUCUUGAAACUUUGAAAAUUUUUCAGUGUAACUAUAGGUUUAGAGUGUAAUUUACAAUGAUUACUUAUAAAAUAUUAGUCUUAGGCCCUUUGAAAUAUAGUAUUACAGCAAGGAUUUUAUUAUAAACUCUGUUUAGAUCCGUUAUAAAAGAAAUUUGAAGGACACAGUUUGCAACUGGGUUAGUUUUGUUUACAGAGACAAAUGGACCAGAAUUGUUGUGGAGAAACCAUUUGGAAAAGAUCUGGAAAGCUCAAACCGACUUUCAAGCCAUUUGUCAGCAUUGUUUAAAGAAGAGGAACUGUAUCGCAUUGAUCACUAUUUGGGGAAAGAAAUGGUCCAAAAUCUCAUGGUACUUAGGUAGGCACAGUUUUAUCAUUGAUAAGCCUUAAGUGACAUCAAAAAAUAAAAGUUAGCUAAGUUUUUAUUUUUUUAAUUAGAAAGAAUUAUCAAGAAUUAGUCUCUUUUAGAUUAGUAGUAGAUAUUUUCCAAGAGCUUUAACAUAGUAACUUAUAUGCAACAGUCUUAAUAUUAAAUGCCUAUAAAGUAUAUAUAUAUAUAUAUGAAUGAGCUAGGUUCACAUAAAGCCAAAAGGGAGAACUUUUUAAGUAAGUUCGGAUUCCUAAAAACAAUCAUAGUUUUUUCUAUUAUUUUACUGAAAUCAAAUACAUUUAAAUGUGCAAAAAAAUAUUUUAAAUCCGCUUUUAUUUCAGUAAAAGUUUAAAUAUUAUUAUUAUAAAUUACAAAUACAUUUAAAGUAUCAACUAAGGAACUAUUUUAAGCAUUUAUAUGUGUUUGAAAGUUAUGAAAAAAUAAAAUAAUUUAAAAAAUCAUGCUUAAAGAAAUACGCAGUAAUAUCACAUUUAUCGGGAAAACCCAGACAUCAGUAGUUUUAGUGCAUCUUUUAGUGCGUUGUUAAUAUUGCCAAAUAAAAUUCAAACUAAUUUGUUCUCAAUAAUCAAGCAAUGACAUCAUAGUGUGAAUAGCCUAUUUUGCCAAAACUCUUAGUUUCUUUAAAUUUAAUAACUGUGCUUGACAAAGCUGAUAAUGUAUUUUCCCUUUUAAAAGUAAACUUAAUAAAUACAAUUGAUUGCUUUUUGAAUUGUUAAUAAAACACACACACAUUUUAGCUUUGAAUAUUUUAACAUUUAAAAAGUUUUGCCUUUUUUAUUCCAAAAAUAUACCUUUAUUAAAAUUAUAACAUAAUAAAUUCUAACCUUUAAAUAUAAUUCUAAUAAGAAAAUGCAGUUUAAGCCAAUCAGUGCAGCGCACUUCCAUAGCCAAAUAGCAUUCACUAAUCCACUUAUAACUCAUACAAAUAAGAACAAACCAUAUGAAGUGCAAAAUAUGUUAGUAUGGGUAUGGAAAGGACUACAAUUCGGUGAAAGAUUUUCUAAAUUUAUUUAAAUCUGGGUGGGGAGGGGUUGUUCACUUUGCCCCAAGCAGCACAAGAUACGUCUCAAAAUAAAGGAAUGAAUUGGAUAAAUAAUUAACCCUCUUUGGUAUAUAUUAUACAUAUCGGAGGUAGGAUAUAGGAUGUGUACAUUUUUACGAGGAUGACAAUAUAUUUAAAUCCUAUGGUAUUACAUUUGUGAAAAAAGGUAUGCCACUUUCUCUUUUUACAAAUAUUUAUAUGUUCAUUUUGCUCAAGGCUGCACAAGAUACAUUUUAAAAUAAAACAAAUAUUUAUAUGUUCAUUUUGCUCAAGGCUGCACAAGAUAUGUUUUAAAAUAAAGGAAUGAAUUUGAUUAAUAAUUAAACUUCUUGGGUACAUAAAUAUCGGAGGUAGGUAAUGGGAUGUGAAUAUUUUCACGUGCAUGACAGUAUAGUUAACUACUUUGUUAUUACAUUUGUGAAAAAAGAGAUGCCACAAUCUCUUUUUACAAAUAUUUAUUAAUAUGUAUAUGUUCAUUUUGCUCAAGGCAGCACAAGAUACAUCUCAAAAUAAAGGAGUGAAUUUGAUAAAUAAUUAACAUUCUUGGGUACAUUCAUAUCGGAGGUAGGUAAUAGGAUGUGUACAUUUUCAUGUGGAUGAAAAUACAUUUAAAUCCUAUGGUAUUACAUUUGUGAAAAAGAGAUGUUGCAUUCUCUUUUUACAAAUAUGUAUAAGUUCAAUUUGCCCAACACAGCACAAGAUACGUCUCAAAAUAAAGGAAUGAAUUUGAUAAAUAAUUAACCUUCUUGGGUAAAUACAUGUCGGAGGUAGGAAAUAAGAUGUCUACAUGUUUAUGUGGAUGACAAUAUAGUCAGCUCCUAUGGGAUUUUAUUUAUGAAAAAAGAUGUUACAUUCUCUUUUUAAAAAAUGGGUAAGUUCAUUUUGCCCAAGGCAAUACUAGAAUAAAUAACCCAAUGUUUUCUAUAUAAUAAUGGUAAGUCUUUGCGAUAAUUUCUAACUGCUAUUGUAAAAAAUCACAAUCCAUAACUUUAAAAAUAUAAGGAUUUUUACGUGUCUAUUGUCAUUAAAUUUUGAGAGGUGUUUAUCUGCUAUAUAUUAUAAGCCUACCCUACUCCCUUUCACGCUCCUAAACUACUUUUUCCUCUUCUAAUCAUGACCUUAAAUUACCCAGUCUAAGUAAUCACUAAUUAUAUAACAUUUGUCAGUAAAGAAGUACAUUGAUAGACAAUUACUACGCUAGAGAAAUACUUUAGAUUUACCCCUUUUCGUGCCCUUGAAUUAAAACUUUUUUUCUCUCUAAAAUCAAGAUACGUCUCAAAACAAAGGAAUGAGAUUGAUAAAUAAUUAAUUUUCUUGGGCAAAUACAUGUCGGAGAUAGGAGAUAAGAUGUGUAUAGUUUUAGGUGGAUGACAACAUCGUUAACUCCUAUGGUAUUCCCUUUAAAAAAAAGAGAUGUUACAUUCUCUGUUUACAAAUAUUGGUAAUUUCAUUUUGCCCAUGGUAAUACAAGAUAUGGCUAAAAAUAAUGAAAUGAAUUUGAUAAAUAAUUAACCUCCUUGGGUACAUUCAUAUCGGUGGUAGGAAAAAGGAUGUGUACGUUUUUACGUGGAUGACAAUAUAUUUAAAUCCUAUGGUAUUACAUUUGUGAAAAAAUUGAAAUUUAAUUAUCUUUUUGCAAAUAAACAUAUGUUUACCAAAUAAGAAAAUCAUUGGCGUUACAUUUAUAUAAGCAUACCCUUAAAUAACAAAACACAAUCAUUUUACACACUUGAAAAAGUAAUUUUGAAAAAUAGAGAUUGGUUAAUAUUUACUUUCAAAAAAUGAAAAUAUAAUUUUUAUAUUUAAAAGUAAAGAGGUGUGUAUUUUUAUGAGAUGAACAAUUUUAAUUUUUAAAAAGAUACUAAAGUCUGUUUUAGACGUGAAAAAUGGUUGUGAGAUUCUUCUUUAGAUAAAAUAAUUCUUUGUUUUAACGAGUCUCUCAUAAUAUAUAAUUUUUUUAAAGGCAUAAACAUGUUUAAAAUUUUUUAUGAAGAUAUCAAUAUAUAUCAAAUUCCUGUCAUAUAAAAUAUACUUAUAUCAUAUAUAUAUAGUUUUUGAUGUAAAUUUAAGAUUAGUUUUUUUUAAACAAUUAUUAAGAAAAAAAAGUUGUAAUUCAAGGGCACGAAAAGGGGUAAAUCUAAAGUAUUUCUCUGAGGUAGUAAUUGUCCAUCAAGUAACGCCUUUAGUGACAAAAUUGAUAUAAGUAGUGAUAAGUUAGACUGGGUAUUUUAAGGUCAUGUUUAGACGGGAAAAAUGUAGUUUAGGAGUGUGAAAGGGAGUAAGGUAGGCUUAUAUUAUAUAGCAGAUAAAUACUUCUCAAAACUUAAUGAUGUUAGAAAUGUAAGUAGCAUUAUAUGUUUAAAGUUAUGAAUUGUAAUAAUUUUUUUGCAAUAGCACUUAGAAAUUUACGCAAAGGACCUAUCAUUAUUAUCCCGAUAAUAUCGGGUCAUUUAUUCUAGUUUUUAUAGAUUAAAAUAUUUAUAUUUUAGGGCUUAACCGGAUGCAGUUUAUUAUACCUCAUCCGGACAUUUUGAGAAAAUAUCCGGUAGCUCCAAGUGUUUAAGAAAAGAGUUUACUUCUCAUUUUCUAUAUUAUUUGCUGGCCUUUAAACAACAGUCCUACAGAUUAUUGUUAAUAUUAUAGCCCCUUCCGAAAAAAAUUCAAUCUUUUUACCUGAGUUCAGUCGUCACGCAUGAUGCUCAUUGCUUGACAGCUUUUUUUUUUACUCAGUGCUAUUAAUAUAAAACAUGUUUAGAAAGGAAAGGCAGGUUGUGAAAUGGAAGCAGCCAUACCAGAAGCAAAAUAUAUAUAAGAGAUAUUUACCAUGUUUAAAAAGCAAAAAUUUCUGUUUAAUUUUAGGUUUGGUAACAGAAUAUUUAGUCCCAUUUGGAACCGUGAUAACAUAGCCAGCAUUGUGAUCUCAUUUAAAGAACCAUUUGGUACUCAAGGAAGAGGAGGAUACUUUGAUGAAUUUGGAAUUCUAAGGUAGUUUUGGUCAGUUCCCAAAGUAAUGGAGCAGAAAAUCAUAUUUAAAAACUUGUUUCACUACAUAAUUUUAUUUUGAUCAGUUCUUGACCUUUUGUUUAAGAUGCAUCAUUUUGAAGUUUCUCAACUUGAUUGAAUAGUUUCUUAAUCAUUGUAUUUUGUUUACCUUGCUCAAAUGAUCAAUUUUUUAAAUUCACAUUUUUUAACUGAUAGGGAAAUAUGAGAAUGAGUUUAAAAUUGUCAUUUUUUUAUCCUUCUUUUUUUUACAUCUUUGCUAUCAGGGAUGUAAUGCAGAAUCACCUGUUGCAAAUCCUAACUCUAGUCGCCAUGGAAAAGCCGCCAUCAACACAUGCUGAAGAUAUACGUAAUGAAAAAGUUAGUAUUAUUUAAUUCAACAAUUUUACAGUCUGCCAAAUUUGUUAUUAUUUUUUCUAUUAUUUUUUUUUUUUUAAUGAAGCAAUACUUCAGCAUUAUAUAACCAGAUGUAUUCUGUAUUAGGUAAAAGUAUUAAAGAGCAUUCCACCACCAGAUUUGAAAAAUGUUGUCCUGGGCCAGUACAUUGGUGACCCUAAAGGUUCAGGUGAAGCUCAGCUUGGUUAUUUGGAUGACCCAACUGUCCCUAAAGGUAAUUGUUUUGAAUUGUCAAAAGGCAUGCUGUAGAAAAAAAUAUUAAUUUUUUUAAUUCAAUUUUUUGAUACAAACUGAAAUAUUAUGUUUCUCCAAAUGUCAUUGUUUUAUUCUAACAUACAUAAUUUUUAUAAAAUGUUCUCAGCUUGUGUUUUAUUUUCUUAAUUAAACAUUAAGGCUCUGUGACCCCUACUUUUGCAACUGUUGCCUUAUUUGUCAAAAAUGAAAGAUGGGAUGGUGUGCCUUUUAUUCUCAGGUGUGGAAAAGGUAAGUUCACUUAUUAAAUUUCAAAUAAAAAAAACGAGCAAAUAUUUUUUCAAUGGAUAAGUGUUUACAUACAAAUUGAUCUAAUCUUAACUUCUUAUUAAAAUGUUCUUUAAUUUAUAUAAUUUUUAUCAAUUAUAAUUUAAAAUACAGUCGGCUUUACAAAAUAAUUAAAUAAUGAGAUAUCCAACUUCUCGUAUUUGUACAUUUUUACUUGAUUUUAUUAAGUGAAAUGAUUCAAAAUAACUAUUAAAUAAAGAUGCUAGCUCUGACAGUCGGUACUUAUGGACCAGGAUUGAUUUUAAUUCCAACCCAUCUUAUCUCUCCACUACAAAGAAUAUAAAACUAAAUGAAGACUUCAGAAAUCUCCUUCCACAAAGCAAAAUACCUACAAUACUACCUUUAUCACCUGAAGCUUUCCCUUGCACAUAAUUUUUGCAUUGUUUCUCUUGAUAGAAAUCUGUAUCUGGGGCUUGGACUUGGGUGAUAUAAUUUCAAACUUGCUUGCCUCUUUCCUGGCCCGUGAAGAAAUGUUUGGUGCUCUUCCCCCAUAAACCAUAGGAGCAGGACAGUUUUUUCAUUAAAUAAUUGAUGGCAAAACAGGUUUAUUUUUUAUCCAACCCAGAAAAGCAAUAAAAUAAUUCUAAUCAAUAAUUAACUUAUGUUAUUUUAGAUUUUCCUCCCUGAUUUUUCAGCCUUGAAUGAACGCAAAGCAGAAGUAAGAGUGCAGUUUAAAGAUGUUGCUGGCGAUAUAUUUCCUAAAGGAGAAGUGAAACGCAAUGAGCUUGUAAUCCGAGUACAGCCCAGUGAAGCCAUUUACAUGAAAAUGAUGGCCAAAACACCUGGAAUGAGCAUCAGUUGUGAGGAAAGUGAACUGGAUCUGACAUACGGUAGUCGCUAUAGAGUGAGGAUUGGUUUUAUACUUUAAAAUAAUAGUUUUAGAAUAUCAAAUAGUGUUACAACAUUGUUUUCCCAAUUAAGAUCAAUUUCUGAAUUCUGAUCUAUGCAAAAAAAAUCAAUAUCCUUCCAUGAUUUCAAUUUUUUUUUAAAAAUAGGCUUUAAAAUUUAUUUUGUUAUUCCAACACUUACAGUUUCAAUCAUUGUCUUGAAUUUUACAAUUUUUGUGGUGUAAUUUUAGCCCUAAAAUAGCUGUUCUGAUAUUUUUUGUUUACCCUGAACUAUUUUCUCCAGGGAGUCAAUAUGCCUGAUGCUUAUGAACGCUUGAUACUUGAUGUUUUCAUGGGCUCUCAAAUACAUUUUGUGCGUUCUGAUGAGCUCUUUGAGGCAUGGCGUAUCUUCACACCCUUACUACAUUACAUUGAGGAGCAUAAGCCCAAGCCUAUUGACUAUGUUUAUGGCAGGUUGGUACCCAUUGUUUUUUUUUUCCCUUGUUUCUGUUGUUAUCUAGGCACUGGUUUUAUUUUUUCAAUUUUUUAAGGUCAGAUUAGCAUGAAGUGUUUCCAUUUAAAAAAAAAAAUCAAUCAUCUAAAUUAGAGUACUAAAUAUGCUAUAGUUGUUAAACUUCGGGUCGUAAAGUUCUUUUUAAAACACAGAGUUGACUUAUUCACUGGUCUGUGCUAGUUUCAAUAGAAUUUUGUACAUUGAAUUCGGGGAAAUGUUGAAUUAUCAGAAGUGCUAGUUUACUAAUUGGUAGCUGUACUUAAACCCAGAUAGUGGGUACACACACACAGACAAAUAAAGCUGUUAAUGCUUGACUUAAAUCUGAUACCAAGCCACAUGCGCCAUCGCUGAUUCCUGAGUCCGUUAACGUCUGUCAUCGGGAAGACAGGAAACUGAUAUAAAUAGCAGGGAUAUCACUUGAUAUUGCAGAAUGUGAGAGACUGUCAGUAUAAUAACACCAGGCAUAGUUUAGUAUACAUUGCAGCGAUUGCUGCGAGGUAAAAUAUGACAAAAUUAUAAAGAUCACAGAGUUUCAUAGCCCCAAGUUUUACCCUGGACUUUUCUACGGGUCAUAGCAUAGUUCAUAAUUGUUGGUUAAAACUGCACUCGAAUUAUAGAUGAGAUUGACUUAUAUGCACAGUAUCUUAAAUGCUGAUUGCAUUGAAGAUGUAUAAGCAUCUUCAAUUAUUACCGAGUAUUACUUUAUAUAAAAAAAAUAAGGACAAUAUUAGUUGCAGUUAAGUCUUUAGUUGGAUACUUUCAAGGCAGUUUUUUUAAAACCCUGAUUUAAAUGAAUUAAUUCAUACAUAUAAAUAAAAUAAUUACUAACUAUAUAACAUUUUAUUGCCUAGACUAUACAUCUUAUCAUUACAUUACUAAAAUCUAUCCUGUCUGAGCAUUUACUUAACACAUUUUGGAGCUGAUUUUGAAAGCAACUGGACUUAUUCAAUUUUUUUUUUUUAAUAUUUAACUUACUUUAACUAUGUUUUAUUGAAUAGAAAGUUAUAUCCUAAAUUGUUGCAGCACUAAAUUGGUGGCAACUAAAUUAACUUGAGUAUGGGACAAAAGCUGCUCAGCAUGGUGUCCAAACAAUUUUUUCCAGUUUACAAAUGUUAUUUCAUAUUUGGCUCCUUUUAUAUCGCACCAGCAGAGUAUGCAUUUUAUCAAAAAAAUAAACAUUUUUAAAUUAUACUUAACAAUAACUUCAUUAAUAUUUUUAGUUGACUAUCAUGCUUUGAAAUUCAUCUUGGGAAAUGGAAUAAUAGGACUAAAUUUUAUUUAUUAAGUCUGAGUUGUAGUUCUAAAGGUCAUAGGAAGGUCAACUGCCCCUUCUCUCCUCUCCGCACCCAUCAUCCCACAUUUUCAUUCUUUCUUAAUACCUCUUUAUCUUUGACGAUAAUUUAUUUGCCUUGCUUAACAGAAAAAUAGUAAAAUUUUCCACAAAAUGUCAAUUGAUCAGAAUUUUAUUAAAAACACAGUAUAAAACAAUUAUUUAAAAAGUUAAAUUUUUAAAAUUGUGACAACCUUUUGUUUGUGAGCUUUGAAACAAAAUCUUCUCGUUACUUGAAUAUCUUUUUGUGUUCAUUCUUUUUAGUUCUUUAACUUGUUUUUUUUUUUUAAAUGUCUGUCUGAAUGUACCCAUGCUUGCCCAUGUUUCUCCCUCUCACAGCCGUGGACCAAUGGAAUCAGAUGAGCUGAUGAUCAAAAAUGACUUUCGAUAUACAGGGUCUUACAAAUGGAGAUCCAACAGCAUCAGCCCGUUCCCUACUAAACAGAUUUAAUGACUUUGAGAAACAAAUUUUGUUGUUUAUGUGUUCUAGACAUUUAAUGUGAUCACUUAAAAGUUGUCUCACAUUCCAUUGUAAAAUAUAUUAAUCCAUUUUUGAAUGUCAUGCCAACUGCCAAAUAUAAUUUGAAACCCAAUUGUAGCAAUUAAAUAUAUUAUGUUGUAGACUCAUUAAUAUUUAAAAUGAUCUAUUAACAAUGCUCUGAUUUUACAAAAAAUGUGAGUUACACUUGUCCAAGUAAUUUUUAGUUUUAUUACAGUAAAGCUCCAAUUUUUCCAUCCGAUGCAUAAUUGGGUUCUCUUAUUUAAAUGAUCAAUUAGGCAUUUGCCUUUUCAUUUCUUUUAUCUAAAUAGAUGAGAGCAGAUGUGUUUUGUGACAGGUGUUUCCUUACAAUGUUAUCUAUUACUUAAAAUGUGUGCUGCAUAAAACAUGUCCACUUUAUAAAUAGAUCAUAAUUUAUUUGACUCUUUUACUCUAUAAGAAGAUAACUUCUUGUUCUCUUAAUAUUUUCUUUACCAGUAUGUUUUUUGUAUCGAACAUCUCAACUACAUGCUCCACGUUUUAUCUGAUGAAAAUCCAAUUCUUAUUAUUUUGUUUCACUUUCAUUUUAUAUUUAAGACAACACAAUUUAAUAAAAAUUAAUAUUGUUUUUAAAAAAACAAUUAUUUAUUCUUUUACAUUUUCGUAUUUUUUCAUCUAGAGAAUUUACAUCAUCAAGAUAUAUUUGAUAAAUUACUAAGUGUGAUAUUUUAUUGUGUUUAUGUUACAUUUUGUUUGUAAAGCUUAUAUCUAAAGACAUUACACAAAUAUUAUCUACAGAAACUGGUCAAGACUGAGUUAUAUAUUUCAUGUUAAUUCAACACUUUAAAUUUCAUAUUUUUAUGCAGCAAUAGGAAUUAUUAUUAUUUUUUUUAAACUAUUGUUUGUGUUUAAUAUCCCUCACCCUGUUGCUAGUAAAUAAAUGGGACCUCUUGGAAUUUUUAAAAUCACAUUUACCAAACAUCUUUUAUUUUAUGUGCAUGUAAAAUUUCCAAUGAUCUCCUAAUCUAAAUUUAGCCUUGCAGUGUUGCCUUUUGGCAGUAAAAAGAUGGAGACCACUGUGAUACACCAUUCAACUUAUGUCUGUUGAUGAAUGUAUUGUCCCACUAUAAAAUCUGGCACAAAAGCUUUUAUAUAUUCAUUGUCCUUGAAUUUUUAACAAUUACGACAUGUCUCAGUAUAAAAAAAUGGUGAUGACUUCUUUCAUCAAAAUUUGUAAAAACAUCAAGUACCUUUUUAAUGAAAUACAGAUUUUAAAUAAUCUAAUUCACUUGAAAAUUGUAAAUAUUUAUUUUUACAAAUUCCUUCUUCCCUUUUGUGCAUUUUUCUUUUUUUUGGUCUUUUGGUAGUAUUCAAUACCUAAGAUCAAGUCCCGUCUUUUAUUAUAAAUUGUAAUUACAUGAAUAUUUUCAUAUUUUUAGUGGGAAAUGGUAACAAAUGUCAAACUCCCUGAGAUUUUAUAAAAUUUAAUUAUAGCACAGAAAUUAAUUUUAUCUUUUACAUCUUAGUUCAGUUCAAAAUUACUAAUAGUUUCUUAUUUUUUUGUGAUUUCUUUUACAAGUUGAUUUUCACUCUAAAUACUAUAAUUAUAACUUUUUAAUGUCUUUGCCUAACAAUGUUUAAAUGAGAACUUACAAUACUAUAGAAAUUAAUGAGAACAGUUCAAUUUCAAUUAUUUGAUGUUAAUCGAGUUGUAAAAAUUUGAUUUUUUUUUACCUUAAAACAUAAUUUAAAUUAGCAUAUAUAUUAUAUAUUAUUUUAGAAUUUUCAAGUUAUAAUUUUGUUGGGCUUUUUCUUAAGCUUAAUAUAUUAUUGUUAUGCUCAAUUAAAAGUUCAGUUUAAAUUUUAAAAAA